CAAAAUUCAAAAACGUGGAGCCAUUUACAACCACACCCUCUCACAAGUCCAAACGAAAUAGACCUCGCCGCCUACAAGAUACAAGCAGAGGUAGAAGACGGUGAAAUGAAAGUAAAUCAGGAAAAAAAAAAAGAAAAAAAAAAAAAAACCUUAUCACCCUUAUCACAAAAUAAUUUGAAGAGAGAAGAAACAGCCACACAAGCAAGCUUUGCCACCACCAGAAGCACAAGCUAAAUACUGAUGAACUUCUCUUUCUCUCUCUUCCUCUGUCCCUGACUCUGCAAUCAGAGGUUCCAGUGAUUUCGCGCUGCCCAAUCCAAUUUGCAGAAAACCCAUUUGUGACAUCUCCGAGGUGGCACUGUGAUCAAGGUUGAUCUUUGUUUGCCAUAAGGUUUAAAAUUCAUCCAAGUUUGGUUACGGUUAACAGUUCUGAUUCUUUCAAGAUCGAAUUAUAGAUAAAAUGCAAUUCGGUAGGAUAUAGUUAGGAGGCUGCAUUGUAGUUUAGUUAUUGGGUACUGUUUUCUUGGGUUGAUGCCGAUUUUGGGCUCUCUGUAACAACCAUGUCUGUUCUAGCUUCCCUUGUAAGUCUGGGAGGUGUGAGAGCUAGUUCUUUGACCAGUUACUUUGAAGGUAGUCCUUCAUUACCUCGAAGAAUUUCGAUAGUUAAGGGGAGUAGUUUUGGUAAUCCGAUUGGUUGGCACAGAUGGAGCUGUGUGUAUGUAUGUAAAUGCAUGGUCACGACAGAUUUGGUGGCGGAGCAAGGGAGCUCGGUUUCUUUAGAAUCCACCUUCAGAGGGAGCAAAGAUGAGGAUGUGGAUCUUAUCCUCAAGCCUGCACCCAAGCCUGUUCUGAAAGCCAGGCCUAAAGCUGAAUCGCUUCAAAGUAUUAAUGCACAGAAUUCAAUACCCUGGUCCCCAGCAAAACCCAGUAGGGAUUCUGAUGAUGAGAAAUCUGAUGAUACAGAGGAGAGAAGUAGGGUGAUAGAAUCACUUGGGGAAGUGUUGGAGAAGGCAGAGAAACUCGAAACCAAGAGUCCUGGAAAACUGGAUACUGUGAAAGAGAGUGGGGACCGUAAUAAACCAGAACCUAGCAACCCGAGGACCAGUAGGCCAGUAAAUUCCACAGGGAGUCGGAAAACUAAGACUUUGAAGAGUGUAUGGCGGAAAGGGAAUCCAGUGUCCAGUGUGCAGAAGGUUGUUAAGGAGUCUUCUAGGCCUCCCAUGAUUGAGAAAGUGGAUAGGAAUCUAGGGGAUGCAGAGAAGGUAGAAGCUCAAUCUCGUGCUCCAUUAAGAUCUCCUCAGCCACCCAAGCAAGUUCAACCAAAGUUGCAGGCAAAACCUGCUGUUGCUCCUCCUCCUGUAAUCAAGAAGCCAGUUAUCUUGAAGGAUGUGGGGGCAGCUCCAAGGCCUCCAGUUACCGAUGACAGUGCCCCUAGUCAAAAGACCAGAGAACGAAAGCCAAUCUUGAUUGACAAAUUUGCACCAAAGAAACCUGUGGUUGAUCCUGUAAUUGCUCAAGCAGUUUUAGCCCCUACAAAACCAGCUAAGAGCCCUGCCUCAGGAAAGAUUAAAGAUGAGUAUCGUAAGAAAACUGGUGCAGCUGGAGGGGUACGGAGACGUUUGGUUGAUGAAACUGAGAUUCCAGAUGAGGAGACUUCAGAACUCAAUGUCUCCAUUCCUGGUGCAACAACUACAAGGAAGGGGAGGAAAUGGACCAAAGCAAGUCGUAAAGCAGCUAGGCUUCAGGCAGCAAAGGAUGCAGCCCCUGUAAGAGUUGAAAUUCUAGAGGUAGGAGAGGAAGGUAUGCUGACAGAGGACUUGGCUUACAACUUAGCCAUCAGUGAAGGUGAAAUACUUGGGUAUCUGUACUCAAAAGGGAUUAAGCCCGAUGGGGUGCAAACUUUGGACAAAGACAUGGUGAAGAUGAUUUGUAAGGAGUAUAAUGUGGAAGUCAUAGAUGCUACACCUGUCAGGUUGGAAGAAAAGGCAAAAAAGAGGGAAAUUUUGGAUGAGGAAGACCUUGACAAACUGGAAGAUAGACCUCCUGUUCUCACUAUAAUGGGUCAUGUUGAUCAUGGAAAGACAACACUUUUGGAUUAUAUUCGAAAAAGCAAGGUAGUUACAACUGAAGCAGGUGGAAUAACACAAGGAAUUGGAGCAUAUAAGGUGCUUGUUCCUGUUGACGGCAAGUCUCAACCUUGUGUUUUCCUUGAUACGCCUGGACAUGAGGCAUUUGGUGCAAUGAGAGCCCGCGGAGCAAGGGUGACGGACAUUGCCAUUAUUGUGGUUGCUGCCGAUGAUGGAGUUCGCCCUCAAACAAAUGAGGCCAUAGCUCAUGCUAAAGCAGCUGGGGUGCCAAUUGUUAUAGCUAUAAAUAAGAUAGAUAAGGAUGGAGCUAAUCCAGAAAGAGUCAUGCAAGAACUUUCAUCAAUUGGUUUAAUGCCAGAAGAUUGGGGUGGUGAUACCCCAAUGGUUCAGAUCAGUGCCCUGAAAGGGGAGAAUGUGGAUGAAUUGUUGGAAACGGUCAUGCUUGUUGCAGAGUUGCAAGAAUUAAAGGCCAACCCUCACAGAAAUGCAAAGGGAACUGCAAUUGAAGCAGGCCUUCAUAAAUCAAAAGGACCUCUGGCAACAUUCAUUGUGCAGAAUGGUACACUCAAAAGGGGGAAUGUUGUAGUCUGUGGUGAGGCCUUUGGAAAGGUGCGGGGUUUAUUUGAUGACAGUGGAAAUGGUGUUGAUGAAGCUGGACCAUCUACAGCUGUUCAGGUCAUUGGGUUGAAUAAUGUUCCAAUUGCGGGUGAUGAAUUUGAGGUUGUUGACUCUCUUGACAUUGCACGUGAAAAGGCAGAGGCACAUGCAGAGUUGCUGCGCAAUAAACGUAUAUCUGCAAAGGCUGGGGAUGGGAAGGUCACUCUUUCUUCCUUGGCUUCUGCAGUUUCAGCAGGAAAGCAAUCUGGACUAGAUCUACACCAGCUCAAUAUUAUUAUGAAGGUUGAUGUCCAGGGGUCCAUUGAAGCUAUCAGACAAGCUCUUCAGGUGCUCCCACAGGAUAAUGUCACUCUAAAGUUUUUGCUGCAAGCAACAGGGGAUGUAAGCACAAGUGAUGUUGAUCUUGCUGUUGCUAGUAAAGCUGUUAUAUUGGGUUUUAAUGUCAAAGCACCAGGUUCAGUUAAGAAAUAUGCAGAUAACAAGGGUAUUGAGAUUCGGCUGUACAGAGUCAUCUAUGAACUCAUUGACGAUGUGCGGAAUGCAAUGGAAGGUCUCUUGGAACCGGUUGAGGAACAAGUACCAAUUGGAGCAGCAGAAGUCCGGGCCAUCUUUAGUAGUGGAAGUGGUCGUGUUGCUGGGUGCAUGGUAACAGAAGGAAAAGUAGUGAAAGGCUGUGGUGUUCAAAUUACUCGAAAUGGGAAAACCAUCCAUAUUGGCGUUCUUGAUUCUUUGAAGAGGGUGAAAGAAAUAGUAAAAGAGGUUAAUGCUGGACUAGAGUGUGGUAUCGGGGUGGAUGAUUUUAUUGAUUGGGAAGUGGGGGAUGUUGUUGAGGCCUUCAACACAAUGCAGAAGCGGCGGACACUUGAAGAGGCAUCAGCUUCAGUGGCUGCUGCUUUGGCAGGGGCAGGAGUUGAAUUGUGAAACACUAGAGCUGACUAAGAGAAAAAAAAAAAGGUUCAAUUAGCUAAUAUACUUUUUGACUCUAUCAAGGUCUAUUUUGGUUCCUCAAGUAUCGAUUACCUGGAGGUGUUUCAAAAUGCUUUCCAGUUUUGCAUUGCAACCUUGUCGCACCAUUAUGUUCGACGAGUUGAUCCCAAAUAUCUGAGGGGUUCUGAUUUUUUGUUCAUUAUUUUAAGCUAUGCUGUAUAUAGUGUUGUAUCUUCAAUUUCAGCUUUUUGUUGUAAAGAAGGGAUAUUUAUUUGAAAUACCUGUAAGAUUUAGUGCCACACCCACUUGUAACAGUUUCUGACACCCUUGAAAGAGCAAUUAUUCCAGCUCUUUUGAUGUUGCAACCAUGAACAACAAUUUAUCAUGUACUAUUUACUUUUUGGUUAUUAAACAACUGACCAGUAACUUGAUAUA